AUGGGGGAGUGUGGACACGUUAUCUGUAACAGGUACUUCAUACACCUUAUAACAGGGUGCGCUGAGCAAUCUAGGCAAAGGCGACUCACGCGGAGAAGAGGGCAGCAACUACGUUUCCCAGGGUGCCCAGCUGGGAGCACAAUAGACCAUGCGUCAUCCGGGUCACAUGGCUGCGCGGUUCCUGGCACGCUGCGAGAUUCCCGCAAGGGUCCGUCACUAGGCGAAGGGGCUCUGCUGGGCCUGGAAAACUGCAGUUCCCGGCAUGCCGCACUUCGGGUGCGCCUGCGUACGGGAGCAACCCCGCUGGAGAGCCGCUUGGUUUUAAAGAACUAUUUUAGUUCCAGGGAAACAGACCUGCUGGCCGUGGGACGAAGCUACAGGCUGGUGGAUGGGUUAGGGAAGAAUGCAGCUGAUAUUGAGGAGGAACUAAGGACCACAAAACGUAAAAUGAACCUUAAAAUUCAAGAGCUAUGGCGACAGCUGGCUCAGGAGAAGCACCUCAGGGAAUCUCUUGAGAAAUCUGCAUCAUCCAUGCUACUCAAAAUACAGGAAAUGGGGUCGACAGUGGAGGCAGAGCGGAAGCAGAUGCACGCUUUGCGGCAGAGCUGCAUUGCCCUGCACACCCCUAUACAAACAACCCAAGACCUGCUGGCCCAGGAGCAGCCGAAAAAUCAAGAGUUGGAGCUGGCUGCCUCGUACCUCGGGUCUGAUCUGAUUUCUAGAGAUAAGCUCAUUUGCAAGUUGGUUGAAGAAAAUAAGAGUGUGCUCAUGUCUUUCAACAAGGAACAUGAAGAAAACACAUAUUUGAAAUCUGAAAUAAUAUCCCUUCAAGAUGUAUCAGGAAAAGCACAGGCUUUCAACAACCAGCUUUCCCGAAAGUGUUCAGAGCUGACCAGCAUGUUUCAGGCUGUUAAAAUGGAAAAUGCCAGGAUUAUUGCUGAGCACCGUGCUGUCACAGUCCACCACGUUCUGACAGCGCUCCUGAGCGAGCAGGAUGGUGCACUCCCUUUCUCAGCAGAAACUGGUGGAGCAGAAAACGUAACAGAAACAUUCCAGGAAGAGAUUUCACUGUUGGACAUAGCCCAUGCCAGCGUCACAGGCAAGCUCUACACUGUGCAGAAAGAUAAAGCGCAGCUCCAGGCACACCUAGACCAUUUAAUCCUUGAGCGCAGUCGGUGUCUCCAGAAGGCACAGGAUGCUGACAAGAGGAUGGUGGCACAAAAAGAACUUCUGGAAUUAACUAUUGCAAGACUGCAAGGUGUACUGGAAGCAUCAAUGCAAGAGAAAUCUCUGCUAGAGAAGAGUGAGAGUUCAGAGGGAGGAAGGGCGGAGCAGGUUAAUAUAACAGAAAAAGAAGUAGCUAAAGAAAAAUCCAGUUUGGAAAAGGAAUUAGCUAAAAGCAAAGAAAACAUUGACAUGUUGAACCAAAACCUGCAGACUCUAGGGGAAGAAAACAAGCACCUGGCAGAUACAGUGGCUUCUCUUCAACAUCACAGAGUCCCUUCUGACUACCAUGGGAAAGUGGAAAAAGCCUUGGAAAAAAAAAUUACUGAAAGUAAAAAUAAACUCGCCUAUGAAAAGGGGGAGCUCUAGAUAAAAGUUAAACAGCUAGAAGAACCACCACACUCUUUUACUGAAUCCAGGCUGCAGAAAGACCGUUUACACACACUGACUAAGGCUUUUGAGGUCAAGCAUGCUCAGGCAAACUCACAACUGAGUGCCAGCAAGGCCUAUCUGCAACAGACAGCAGCUCACCUGCAAGAAGCAUUGAUGGGAAACUUUCAGCGACCAUUAGCAGAGGCUAAAGAAGACAGCUGCAAAGUUACAGUCAUGCUGGAAAGUGUGCUGUCCUCUCACAGUAAGAUACAGGGAGCUCUGGAGAAAACCCAGGGAGAGCACGGCCGGAGGGAUUGGGAGAUUGCCAGCCUCAAGAAGGAAAGGUCUCUAAAUCAACAAAUAGUACAGAAGCUUGAAGCAGAAGUGGACCAGUGGCAGGCCAGGAUGCUGGUUGUGGAGGCCCAGCACAACAGCGAGAUGGAGCUGCUACAGAAGUCUCUAGAUAUAGCUAGAGAAGGCAACAGGAAAUUGGCCAUGAGCCUGGGUCAAGCGCUCCAGACAAAUGGCCAUCUGCAGUCUCAGCUAGAUCACAUCCAAGAAAAACUGGAAAGCAAAGAACUUGAGCGGCAGUGUCUGGAAGCCUUCAAAGAGCAGAUUACUGAGGAAUGCAAAGUAGAAGCAGGGUAACACGCGGAGUGCACUGAAGCUCUGAGAGAGCAGGUUGCCUCGGGAGAGAGAGAGAUGACCAAGAAAGCAGCACAGAGGGAAGUCUCUGAGGAUCCAGUGCCCUUUCUGAUCUUAUUGGAAAUAAGGCACAUUUACACUGAGAAAGCUCUUGACGAGGCCAACUUCAGAUCCGUGGAAGUGUCCCGGACAAACCAAGAGCUACGGCAGAAACUUUCAGAGCUGGAAAAAGUGGUGAACAGUAACAAGGAGAAACGAAAGAACCAAGAGACCCAAAUAAAGCUGCACCUGUCAGCAGAGGCAAGUAACGCAGAGCGUGUGGAGCCGAUGAAGCAAAUAAAAGCAGAAUUGAGACAAAUGGAAAUAAUUAAGGGUCAGUAUCAGAAAAAGAACUGUGAACAGUCACUAAGUAUUCAGAGAUUUGUAUCGGAGAUGAAGACACUGAAGAAAGAGAUGGAGCUGCUGGCUAAGAGCCAGUAUGAAACCUCAGCCCGAAAUAAACAGCAGGAGCGGAGACUAGGGGCCGAGCAGAAAAUGAGGCAGGAACUAGAACAUCGGUUCAAGAUAACUGCUCAUCCGGAAAAAGCUCACCGCUGGUUUAAAUGCAAGUUCGAUGGCCUACAACUUGAGCUGACAAAUCAAGACAUGAGGUGUGGUGUUGCAUCCAGCCAGUCUGUUCUGUGUCGAUGGGAAGCUAAGCAGAACCUUGGGCUUAUGCCUGAGGAGUACCAUUGUGACAGAGAGGGCGAACUGCUCUUAACAGAGAAGUCUCUCAUGACGAGAUUGGCCUCCCUGAUCCUGCUGGCCAGGAAAGAGGCUGGCCUGUUCCUACAGUACAAUGGACUUAGCACCUGCAGAGGACACCAUCAGUGCCGCCUGGGAGUGGGAAGCCGAGUCCCAUCGCACGCCAACCCUGUCAGCAACUUCAUCCUGGACUUCAGGCCUCCAGAACUGUGA